UCACUCUUCCCCUGUACUGGGACAACAUGGCUACUGGUGAAAAUCUGAAGGUGGUCACACUGCAGCCUUCCUCUCCGGAGUACCAGACCGUGGAGAAAGCCUUCAAACAAACUGUCACCCAGACUGUAAUGAAGAUCGAGCGUUUGCAGAAUGUUCAUCUGCUUCGUGCCUAUCAAGCACAGAAGAAGAACAUGUCUGAUAAGAAUGUACACUGUGGUGGAGCAGGUGAAAAGCUUCUGUACCAUGGCACAGCCAAGAACAACUGCAUCCCUAUCAUGAAAAAUGGGUUCAACAGGAGCUUUGCUGGAUGCAAUGGUAAUGAUCUUUUUCAGAAUAUCAUUGAAAAAGGGACCCGUUUAGAGAACUGA